CGUCACAUGGUUUGUGUUUGCAAGCUGAGGCGAGGAGGCAGCUUCCUUCGGUUUGUGUGCUGUACCUUGGAAAGUCUCCGCCAACUUUCACCAGACGGCCUGUUAUGGAAAUUCCUGCCAUCAAUCUGAAGGCCAUCGUUGUGGUUCACUGGCUGCUUACAAUUUGGGGAUGCAUGGCGUGGCUUCCCACCUCCUUCGCCUGGAGUAACUUCAGUGUGUUGGCCAUCGGUGUGUGGGCCAUCGCUCACAGGGACUCCAUUGACGCCGUCCUCAUGUUUCUGAUCAGCUUGGCCAUCACCAUCCUGACGGACAUCAUCCACUUUGGCAUCUAUUACUCCCUGAGCGACCUGGCCACGGACAAUGGUCGGGACGUGUUCCGCUUCAGCGCCGGCAUGGCCAUCCUCAGCCUGCUGCUCAAGCCCGCCUCCUGUUUUUUCGUCUACCAGAUGUACCGCGAGCGAGGAGGCGACUACAAUGUCAACUUUGGUUUCCCCUCAAUGACCCGAAACAGAGAAGCCUACCAGUCCAUGGACCAGCAGGACGGCUCCACCAGCCCUGCCAACCCCUUCAACCAGGCUCAGGACAGCAAAGCACCUCGCUCCUACUAACCUUGACCCUGACCUUGACCCCACACCCCCAUCUUUGGCCUCUCAUAUAACGUGUAUUUUUUGGGGGGAUCAGAUAUAUCUUUCAUUACUGUUUUGUCACACAUCUGCUGUAUUUUUGUUUCAAAGAAAUGUCCAUUUUAAUACUAAAUGUAGCACUUAAAUUUGCUCUUUUAUGUUCAAAACAUGUAUGUAUGUACAAUGUUUGACAGUUUAUGAGGUACUUCUACGUUAUAAUGCAGCAUCAUGGCAAUAAAGCAUUUUUUUUUUAGCACCA